GCGUACACUCGGCUCGGUUCGUUGCGACGAUAUUUUUUGCUUGCUUGCUUGCGCUUUGCAGAGUUUAUGAUUUGAUAUGUUGUUUAACUACAAAGUGCUCGGUGUGUAAAAAAGUUUUUCAGUGAAUUUGUGAUUCUUCCGCCUUGCAAAUUGUAGCGUUUUCGGUUGGCGGGUAUAUACUACACCGAAUUAGGACGGACGCGUCGUGAUUCUUAAUUCUCCGUUUGCCAUAAUUGAAAGGGAAAAGAAACGUGGAACGUAGUGUACGCGCUUGAAAAAUAUAAGAAAGCCAAUUUAAUAAGAAGUAAAGAAAGGAAAAAUUGAUCGACACUCCCACAGUGCUUUUCCCCUUGUUUAUUUGUAUUGUCUUCGCAUUUGCAACGCUCGUAAAAGGGAAAUUGUCGUCAGUUCGUGCAGUUUUCAGUGUAUUUACAGCAUACAGCAUCUGCGUUGAAACUUACCGAAUUCAGUAAAGAAAACAUAAUAUCUUAGUAUCAUAAUUAAUUUUAACGACCAAAUGAAGUGUUGCCAUAUUGAAAGUUCGUAUUAACAACUCACAAAUCUCUCGAAAAGUGCCAAGUGUUAAACAGUGAUUAAUAAAAUAAUAAAAAUACAAGUAAAUAUUUUUGAGUAAUUCGAAAGCAGCUUCGCAGUUACAUUACUAAAAAAUAUAAAAAAAUACACAUAAAAAAGCAGAAAGUGAGAAAAUAAUUUCAAAAUAAUUAAUACUUAAAUUAGUAACGAAUAUCAGCGAGCAAAAAAUCAGCGCUCAAAAAGUAAAAGUAAGAGGGCUGCCACAAACCGAAACCACUACAGCCAAUAUAACAACAAGAUAAAGGUAAUAAAAUAUAUUCAGCGCUGCUCGGCCACCUUUUUACCUGUUCGCAUAGCACUUCGUUGCUGCGUUCGUUUGUGUGAUUUUCUCCUGCUCCGCGCUCCGUAUAAACUGGCUGCAUGAAAAACAUAACCAGCUCCAGCACUUGUGGCAGUGGUCUGCUGCAGUUGCAAAACAAUCUCAGCAACUCGGCGACCAACACAUCGACCAUCGUCGGCGGCAGCGUUAUCGACGACGAAGACGCCAUCCUGCACGAAUCAAAGCAAAAAGACGGUAUAGUCGGACCCGGCACCAUUACGUCGCCGUGGCCACCGAUGGGUGCCGGCCCGCCGGGUGCGCUGGGGCCGGCAGACACAAAUGGCAGUAUGGUGGAUAGUAAAAAUUUGGAUGUCGGCGAUAUGAGCGACGACGAAAAGGAUCUCUCCUCUGCCGAUGCGGAAGGUGUUUGGAGUCCGGACAUCGAACAGAGUUUUCAAGAGGCUCUCUCCAUAUAUCCGCCAUGUGGUCGACGAAAAAUCAUUCUAUCCGAUGAGGGUAAAAUGUAUGGCCGAAAUGAACUCAUCGCUCGUUAUAUCAAGCUACGCACAGGCAAGACGAGAACAAGAAAGCAAGUCAGCUCGCACAUACAGGUGCUGGCCAGACGGAAAUUGCGUGAGAUUCAGGCGAAAAUCAAAGUCGAACCCAACGGCAUCGGCGGCAUAAACGGUCACGCCCAUUCGCUGCACUUGCUCAGCGAGAAGGAGAAAGCACUGCAGGCUAUGAGCGGUAUGACCAGCUCACAAAUCGUAUCGGCGCAGGCGGCGAAAAAUCUCUCAUAUGCCGCUUCGGCGGCAGCUUUUACCGCGGCUGGCUUGCAUCAGCCCACGCACGGCGCUGUCGGGCCACCCGGCGCAGUGCCACCACUCUCGCCAGCACUGCCUGCACCUGCGGCCACAUCAGCAACCUCCUCGUCUUCGUCGGCAACAGCAGCUGCUGCAGCAGCAGCCGCGGCGGCGGCGCAUGCGUACACACACCUACAUUCGCCGCAUACACACUCGCAUCACCUCCAUCAGCAUCACCACCUCAACCACCUUAGCCAACAUCACCAUAACCACCACCACCACCACCACCAGCACCAUCCACACCACCACCCGCAGCACCCGCAUCCGCACAGCGCUAGCGCACAUCUGCCCACGCAUCCGCACUUACCGCAGGUCACCUCUGCGGGCACGCUAUAUUUACAACAACAACAUGCGGCGGUGGUGGCGGCAGUGGCGGCAGCACAGGUGCAUCAAAGUACGUCGGGAACGGCGACGACGACGACAGCGACAACGCCAGCGACGGCGUCCGGUGUGCCACACGCCGCACAUGCGCAUGCGCACACGCCACUCCAUCAUCCACCGAUGUAUCCGGGCCAAUUCUGGCAGCCCGGUUUGCAGCCCAGCACCUCACAAGAUUUUUACGAUUACAGCAUUAAGCCAUUCGCACAACCCCCCUAUCCCGCCGGCAAACCAUCGACAGCUGUGUCUGGUGACAUCGAAGCAGGUCUUCCGCCCGCACAACUGCCGUGGGAGGGCAGAGCGAUUGCGACGCACAAAUUUCGCUUGCUCGAAUUCUCGGCAUUCAUGGAGAUACAAAGAGAGGAAAUCUAUCACCGGCAUUUGUUCGUGCAACUCGGCGGCAAACCGUCCUUCUCCGAUCCGCUACUUGAGACUGUUGACAUUCGACAAAUCUCCGAUAAAUUCCCUGAGAAAUCAGGUGGUCUCAAAGAUCUCUACGAAAAAGGUCCACAGAACGCUUUCUACUUGGUGAAAUGUUGGGCAGACUUGAAUACCGGCAGAGAGACGGGUGAUUUUUAUGGCGUUACGAGUCAAUAUGAGAGUAACGAAAAUGUUGUGCUCGUCUGUUCGACGAAAGUCUGCUCCUUCGGCAAGCAGGUGGUUGAGAAAGUGGAAACGGAAUACUCACGCUUGGAGAAUGGUCGUUUCGUAUAUCGCAUACAUCGGUCACCGAUGUGCGAAUAUAUGAUCAACUUCAUACAGAAAUUGAAGGACCUACCCGAACGAUAUAUGAUGAACAGUGUGCUGGAGAACUUUACAAUACUGCAGGUGAUGCAAGCGCGAGACACACAAGAGACCCUGCUCUGCAUAGCGUACGUGUUCGAGGUGGCGGAACAGAACAGCGGCGCCACACAUCACAUCUACCGAUUGAUAAAGGAAUAGCAUGAACUGCAACUGCCCAAUCUA